UGCAGAUCAGACCCGUCUCCUCCACCUCCUCCUCUUCUUGCUCCUGCUCCAGCUGUGUGCGCGUGAGGGCUGCUGCCCUGUCCGCCGCCUGUGGGGAGACUCUACCGACGCGCCCCGCCUCAUGUGACCGCUUCAAGCCCCUGCUACAAACACCGGCUGGAGCCAUGGGCAGCUUCGGAGUGAUUCUGGGGAUGUUACAGUACGCGGGACUUUACCUCCAACUUAACGCAGCGGUGAAGGUGGCGCACGCCGAGGUGGACAACUACGUCUCCGGACACGCUCUUUUUACAGAGGUGCCACAUGACAUCACAACGCAAAGUGGUGAAGAUGUAGAGAUGGCUUGUUCCUUCCGCGGGGCGGGCUCUCCCUCCCACUCCCUGGAGAUCCAGUGGUGGUACAUCAAGGGCCACGGCAACUGGCAGGAGAAGUCAGCCCAGGUCACUAAUUAUGUUGUAACCCUGGAGGAGACGUCCAAAGAUGCCACCAAAAUCAGCGUGGUCAAAGUAGCCGGCAGCAACAUCUCCCACAGGCUCCGUCUCUCCAGCGUCAAGCCGUCGGACGAGGGCACGUACGAGUGUCGCGUCAUUGACUUCAGCGGCACCGUGGCACAGGACCACCGGGUGCGCGCCUACCUCCAGGUGGAGCCGGUGAGGGGUCGGGGGCCGGACGACGUCAAGCCACGGGAGCAAAGCCGCAGGUUGCAUGGGAACCAGCCGCACCCCCACCAUGAGACCGAGGGCAGGGAACUGAAGAGGAGAUCAGCCGGCAGCAGCACUGACUGUAACGAGAGCUGUGUGCUUUAGAGUGAGCCGCCUGUCUGUCUGUCUGUCUGUCUGCAUGGUCUCUGACGAGGGACGCUCAUCCUCACACACGUCACCACAGAGCUGAGGUGUCGCUUGUAACUGGACACUUUGUGUUUCAUGGUUCGUUUAUCUACUCUAUGCUCGCUCUGUUUGGACGCCAAUGCUGUUGAAUGCCAAUAAAGGGCAUAUUUUUAUUGAAAGUAUAUAUGAUUAUGUUUAUGCUUUUUUGUCUGUACUUUUUUAUUUCCAUUUGGAUUAAAAUUAUGUUAUAGUAUUAUGUUAAUGUUAGAGCCAGACUAUAACGACAAAGACUGAUUUCAUUGAGUUAUUUAGUUUGAGUGGGACUCACAAGGUUAGAGUGAAUGGCAGUAGAGUCUGAAUUACUAUUAUCAUAAAUAGUAGAGUAAAGUCUGGGUUCAUUGAUCCAGACACACAAUAGACCCUUUCCUUUUGCUAUGUGCCAGUUCUUAUCUUUUACUAAAGCGCACCAAAACCUGCAAUAGAACACAAAACUACGAACAUGUAUUUAGCUUUCCAAACCACAUCUAGUAUGUUUGUUAAAAUAUGAAUGUAUGCAUUCAUUGCAUCAAGACUGUAAUAUAGAUUAUUGUGUAUGUUCAUUUCCUCUGUGCUACUUAACCAAAACACAACCAUGCUCUGUUCAUUGUUUUAUCCUCAACCUCAGUAUAAGCUUUGGUCGAAGCCUUUUACAUGUAGCUCAUCUCCCCUUGACUGUGUUUGUUCUAAGUGCUGAUGUUUGGUAUCUGUUCUGUUAAAUACAUUGAUUUGAA